AUGGUGUUCAGCCAGAAUCGUUCUUCCGAAAGCGACUCUUUCGCGUUUUCUGGUGUUGUUUAUUUUUCGUCCAUCCCUACUGGCAUGAAUGUUGCAAUGCUAACCCAAGAACUUCAAAACUUUGGGCCAAUUAACCGUGUCUACCUUGUUCCAAAGAAGACGUCGCGUGACAAGACGCAGCGUCAGUAUUCGGAAGGUUGGGUGGAGUUUGUUAAGCGCAAAAAUGCCAGAAAAGCUGCAAGAACUUUAAAUUGCUUAGAGGUUCCUGGAGGAAAGAGAAAACCUUGGUUCGGUGAACUGUGGAAUGUGCGAUUCCUUUCAAAAGUAACUUGGGAUGAUUUGUUUGCAAUGGAGCGUCAGGAUGAGGAACGAAGAAGGAUUCAGAAGGAUCGUGAUAUUAUAACCGCUAAAAAACAAGCACGGCUUUUCAAAAACAGUAUUGAUUCAUACAAAUUGGAGGCUAGGUUGAGAGCGUCCAAGAAAGGAAGGUUUAAGGAGAGAAACCCCCUUGAUUUGGUCGCUCUGCAAAAACCUACUGAAGAGGAGCUUAGAGAUCGCAUGGCGCGGUCCAGUCGUACGGCUCCUGAAGGCAUUGAAGGGUUUUCCGCCCUGACUGACAAAGACUUUAUGAACAACCUCUUUUCCGGUGGGGCAUAA